UAUAAAUUCGCCAACUUACAACGAAAGUAUUGCAGACAAUUCGGCGCGUACUCAAGCAUCUUCCUAGAGUUCCUACCACAGAUCACUUUGCUGCUUCUCCUCUUCCUGUGGAUGAUUAUAAUGAUGUUCAUGAAAUGGUUCUGGUAUUCGUGCGAACAAACUUCUCCAACCGAAUAUGGAUCCUCCUGCGCCCCCUCAGUCCUCAUCUACUUCAUCAACAUGAUGCUAUUCAAAGAAAACCCUGUUCAAACCGGCUGCAACCUCUACAUGUUCAAAACCCAGCCCUUCAUCCAAAAAAUUCUAGUUUUUGUCUCCCUGGCAUGCAUUCCAGUCCUCCUUCUAGGAAAACCACUGUACGUCACACUAACUCGGAAACGAAACCAAAAGACAAAACCUACACAACAGCGAAAAACCGAGAAUCAUUCGUCCGUAAGAAAACAAGUAUCAUUCCGUUUGCACGACGAAGACUCACCCGCUGACACUUUAACCGAAGACGACGCAUCAAUCGCUUUUGAGGACGAAGAGGACCCUUUACAAAAGUACCUGCGAGAGUUACACGAACAAAAAACCGAAGAGCAGGAAGAGCCCAUUAGCGAAGUUUUCAUCCAUCAAGCUAUCCACACCAUCGAGUAUGUUUUAAGCACGAUUUCACACACGGCUUCCUACUUAAGGUUGUGGGCUUUGUCGCUGGCGCAUGCGCAACUUUCGGAAGUAUUGUGGCAGAUGGUGUUCCAAUUGGGUUUGAAGAGCAACUCGUUUGUGGGUGCUUUGAAGAUGUUCGCAUUUUUUGCAGCUUGGGCAGGGGGCACAGUCGCUAUUUUGAUUCUGAUGGAGGGGUUGUCUGCGUUUUUACAUACUCUGCGCUUGCAUUGGGUUGAGUUUAUGAGCAAGUUUUAUACCGGAUUGGGGUAUCCGUUUGAACCGUUUAGUUUGAGGGACAUCUUCGAAAAGGAAAGAGAAGAAAAGUAAUCCUAAUUGUUCUAAAUUUUUUGUACUUUUAUAUGAAAUAAAGUAAAUAGUUUUCGUUCAA